AUUCAACGUGUAUAUAGACUACCUGCAGGCGAGGAUUCAAUGUCAUUCUUGACAAAGAAAAAGAGUAGUACAUUGGGUACUCCUGCGACUCCCCAACAACAACAACAACAACAGCAACACAAUGUGGCGGGACAACCACCAGGCUCGCCAGGGUUCGCCCCCCGUCAAUGCCCGUACAAGAAGUUUGGCUGUCCAGGCUACUUGAACACGCGCAACGAGUAUGAGAACCACAUCCGCGACGACUCACAGAUGCACUUGCAGCUGGUGGUCGAGAAGUUUGACCACCAGUUCGACCUGCACACGCAGCUGAUGGCCCACUUCACGCAGCAGAUGGAGGACCAGAUGGACCGCACGAUGAAGGUCGUCAAGAACCACAUGGACACGUUCGGCACGCAGAUGCAGGUCAAGCUGGACGAGGGCAUCAAGCGCGUGGAGAGCCAGCAGCAGCAGCUGGCCAAGCGACUGGUCACGCACCAGAUUGCCAACAGACAGCAACUGCAGUCGUCCGAUGAGUCGUCGUCGACGGACGCCGCGCUCAGACAGCACAUGGAGGCCCAGCUGGCCUCCCUGCACCAGACGAUCAAGAAGGAGAUGGCCGAGUUGACCGACGAUUCGGCGUCAAAGCUUGAGCGCAAGGUGGAGAAAGCGAGCGCCCGCGUCGACAAGGUCGAGCUGGACAUGGCGUCCAAGGUCGAGAGCAAGGUGAUGAUGGUCACGAUCGAGGAGACGCUGGCACAGCGCUCCGAGGGCAUUGAGUCGACCAUUGUUAAGAGGAUCGAGGAGAAGGAGAAGAAGAGAAUGGACCAUAGCCAGGUGGCCGUCGACUCCAAGAUUGGCGCCGUCAUGGACAGAGUGAAGACGCUCGAGCACCAGUGUGGCGAGCUCACGGCCGACCUUCGCAAGGUAAAGCUGGAGGGUGGCAGCAGUAGUGGAAACCUCUCGGCAACGCCCUCCCGCUCUUCCGUGUCCCUGCCCAUAACAUCCGCCUCGCCCAACAACAAUGUCAGCCAGUUCAACAAGACCGAGGUAUUGGACGAGAUCAAGAAGAUAGAGCAACAGUUCAAUGAUCGCCUGGCCAAGAGCGAGGCGGCCGUGCAGAACGAUGUGAAGGACACCAAGGGUGAGCUGACCGAGCUUCAGCGCAAGUUCAAGACACACCACACCGAGUUGGUCGACAAGCAGGCCCAGCUCGACAAGCAACUAGGCAGCAAGCUCAAGCAGCUCGAAGACGACAUCAAGAAGGACGUUGCACAUAUCCAGGUAGUGCAGGCCACCGUACAGAGACACAGCGAGGUGUUGGACAAGGAGCGUGAGCGCGAGCAUGAGCGACUGAGGAUGCAGGACAUGCUGGCGCGUCUCGAGGCCAGCCAGAAGAAGUUGGAGAAGGACAUUGCCGACGGCAAUGAGCAAGUAGAGAGAUUGUUGCGCGAGGAGGGUGUGUCAUCGCCGUCCAACUCAAGGUUCUCGCCACAGCUGUCCAAGCGAUCGUCAGCAUCACUGCAAUCGCCUCUGCAGCAGUCAUCACCAUCCGUUGCUGGUGCUAAUUCCUCAUCAUCGACCUCGAGCGUCGCACGUCCUCAAUCCAUGGACCUCACCAAUGGUGAGAGCGAGACAGGCGUACUCUGGGAGUAUGAUCCGAUGACCGAGAAGUGGAUUCGUCUGGCCAUCAAGUUAAAGGUUGAGAAGAAGUAUUUCGCAGAGGGCGCACUGCGCCAGGCCUACCAUACUAUGUCGAUGGGAGUGUUCUCCAACGAUAUACCACCUCUGGCCGCCAAUCAUUCAUUCCCAACGUUGGACUCGAUCUCGACGUCCACACAGAGCGAGGCGGCCAUGCAACUAAGUGCCGGCACAAAGUUCGUGCUGAAGCUCUACAAGAAGGAGGCCGAACAACAGACACGCCGUGAGCUCUACUUUGACGAGUGCCGCAUGCAGCUCGUGUGCAGAGACUGGGGCCACAGAUUCAACCAGAAGAACCCGCCCAAGAAGAUCGAGUUCCUCAUGUCAUGGGUGGUGGAGUUGACCGAUCGCAAUGGCCCAGUGCUGUGCUCUAUCGAGCCACUGCUGGUGGGUGAGUUCAAGAAGAACAACUCCAACUAUGGCGCCGUGCUCAACAACCGCUCCACGCCACAGGCCUUCUCUCACUUCACCUACGAGCGCUCCGAGAAGCAGAUGAUCAUCAUCGACAUCCAGGGUGUGGACGAUGUCUACACCGACCCACAGAUACACACCAGUGACGGCAAGGGCUUUGGCCUGGGCAACCUGGGCAAGACCGGCAUCAACAAGUUCAUCACUACGCACAAGUGCAAUGCCGUGUGCGCGCUGCUCGGACUGGACGUCAAGCUGGGAGGAUCCACAUCGUCCAGCGCCAAGAAUCAACUGCGAGGCACGAUGGUCAUGCCCGACAUUGUCGAGGAGCUGAUGGCCGCCUCGCCAUACAAGUCACACAGCAAGAUCGGCGCCAACCAGCUGGCCAAGCUGGACAUGUCGCGAAAGGAGCUCAAGUGUAUCAACACGUUGCAGUCGUUCAGAGAGGUGAUCAACAGUUCACACAUGCACGACACUGACAGGUACCUGUGUGUGGGCUAUGGCGAUGGAGUGCUGCGAGUGUUUGACAAUGAGAACAACUGGAGCUGUCUACACACGAUCAAUGCACACCGCAAGGUCAUCUCAUCGAUCCACUCCAAUGAUCAGUACAUUUUCACAUCGUCACCCGAUCAAACCAUCAAGGUCCACUCACUCAAGAACCCAUCGCGACCAGUUGAGACCCUGAACGGACACUCGGGCGAGGUCAGCUGCAUCAGGGCUAACCAGAGACACUUGUUCAGCUGUAGCUACGACAAGACGAUCAAGGUUUGGGACCUGGCUACAUUCCGCGAGAUCAAGUCACUGGAAGGACACACCAAGUAUAUCAAGUGUCUGGCGCUGGCCGGACGCUACCUAUUCAGUGGAGGCAACGACCAGAUGAUCUACGUGUGGGACACCGAGACCUACACGUGUCUGUUCACAAUGCAGGGCCACGAGGACUGGGUGCUCAGUCUCCAGGUGUACGGCGGCCACCUGUUCUCCACGUCCAAGGACAACGUCAUCAAGAUCUGGGAUCUAACCGACUUCCAUUGCGUCGAGACGCUCAAGGGUCACUGGAGCAGCGUGUACACUUGUCACAUCAGCAACGACCGUCUGAUGUACUCUGGCAGUGAGGACAAUUCGAUCAAGGUGUGGGAUUUGGACAGCUUGGACUGCGUCCAUACCCAGCAAAAGGCAUCUUCACUUGGCAUUCGAUCACUAUUUGUUAGGAAUAAUCAAUUAAUCUCCACAAGCUACGAUGGUUCCAUCAAAAUAUGGGAGUGGACAAGUAAAUAA